UAGCCCUUGAGAGAGAUCAGAGCAAAAAGGGAUAAGAGAUAGAGAUAUUGGAGAUUGCAUGCUUUGAAUAAUUACGGGCAUAUGAGCAAGCACAAGAGAGAUGCGGCCUAUUCCUGUACGCGACUACAAUGAUUUGGCAGCUGGAUCAAGUAGUCAAAGAAAGAAUCACCAGUUGCCGCAAAAUAUAUACCAUCCCUUUCAUUAUCACCCUCUCUUCCUUCUCGAGCAGAAAGGUCCUCUUGCAAAAUGCAAUGCCUGUCGCAAGGAUAUUACGGCCGGUGCCACCGCCUACAUUUGUAAGCAUGACAAUUGUGGUUUCAUUUUGGACAUUAUUUGUGGUGAAGAGAGAGUGCCUGCCAUAGAGUACGAGGCCCACAGUCACCUACUACAUUUUAGGGAGAGAACGGAUGAUCGAGUACUCAAGUGCAAUGCUUGCGAUAAAAGUUGUGAAUCAUCUAUCUUCAGCUGUCUCUACUGUGAUUGGAAUCUCCAUUAUACUUGUGGUCCAUUACCAAAUGGAAUUACCUAUAAAUGUCACGAAGAUCCACUCGUUCUUACAACUGCUCUUGCUGAACACGAAGAUGAGAUGGACGAUGAAUUUUAUUGUGAUGUUUGUCAGAAACAGAGAGACCAACUAUUGCCGAGUUAUCAAUGUGCAGAUUGCAAUUUUGUUGUUGAAAUUAAGUGCGUCAUAUCUGAGGUAAUAUCACUCCUAAAGGGAGAUCAUGGAGAUCAUGUAGAGUUAAGGGAUCCUUUUGGGCAGCUUGGAAAGUUGAUUAUGCAGCCCAAGAACAUAAUAGAACAAAGUGAGUCGACUCUAAGCUUGUCUAAAAUUUUAAAAUCCUUGAAUGAAGAUGAGAAUAGGGAAUUGAGAAGGGUUAUAGAGGCUAGAGAGAUUAGACAAACAGUUAAUGCUGAAGAUAAAUUCUUUAAUGACCCUAGGGAAGAUAAUAUUCUACGGUUUUCUGACGAGGGUUACACACAAUUUAUAAAGUUUCUUGAUCGGGGCACAGAGAUUUCUGUAGAAUUAAGGGACGGAGGAGCUGAGGUUCUUUUUAGGAGUUUGGAUGCAAAAUCUCACAAUGACUACUUUGCUCUUGAAGAAGAGGUUGUUAAUGUUGGAGAACACCACAAGGCUGCUUUGACUUUUGCUCCUAUCCUAAGGAGCUUGCUUUCCAAACACGGUGAUAUUAGCGCUGCAUCCACAUUGAGUCCAACUGUAAAACUAUUUUUUGUUAACAUGUUAUGUGGUUGCAUAUACAGCAUGAGAAACACCAAGGUUGUGGAUAUCACCAAAGAUGUGCUUCUCAUCUGGUGGACAAGCUUGAGAACUUGUCAAGUUGCAGGAUUUGAAAUUCAACCUCUUGUUGAUCAUCUGGAGAGAGUUGCACGUGCUUUCUUUGCUCUUUAUAUUGGAAAACAAGCAGACAAAGUUGACAGAGAUAUUGCAAAGCUUUACAAAGAUCUUGAGGAACUAAAACGGAAACGUGAUUCUAUAACGUCUAGUACAAAACAUGAAGUUGACAAAUGCUUGAGGGAGGCUUCGGUCUUGAAGCAAGGUAAAGCUAUUACUGAACGAUUAUGGGAGUCCAUAUAGGCCGGUGUGGAAAUUAGUAAGUAAUCUAUUAGCAUUCUUGCGUAAUUGUUUGUUGCUUUUCUACAUUUACUUCACCGCGUCCAUCGUGAAUAAGCAAGGCUCGACAGUCACUUUGCAUUUCUAAUCCCAUUUAAUUAUGUACAUGUAAUACAAUACUAAAGUCUUGAUAACCAUGUUUGAACUUAGAACCUAUACUUUGAUAUCA